CACCUUAGUGUCGUGCCGCGACACACCUGCAAACAGCAAUCAUAAACCACAGAUCAUAUAAACAAUUGCAUUCAUCUGAGAGACAUGGUCCCGUCGUAUAAGCAUGGCUUCAAACAACAGACAGGAUCGGGCGCUUAUGCGCCAGCGAGGCGCUGGGGCUCGAAAUGUCGCAAAGGCUGAUUUUGGACUCGACUUUGGCUUUAACAAUGCUAGGCAAGAGCGACAGCAGAUGCGACAAAGAGGAGCCGCGUCUCGCCAAAUCGAAAGCGCAGACUUCGGACUGUCUUUUCCCAGCUCAGCUCGAUCGAGACGCUCAAUUACGAGAACGCCUCAGCAACGGAGGCCAACUUCCAGCCGCACCUCCAGGACGCCCGCCAGAAGGAGUGGUGAACCUUCCACAGCACGGUCAAUCAGGCAGACGUCUGUCAGACCGGAAGAACAGCACGAGACCGCGAGCGAGCAGAGUGGGCGCUCGACCAAGAGGAGGCGACUGUCACAUACAGCAGAAACACCCAGCCAAGAGGUCGGGUUUGCAACACCGACGUUGAGAUCCACACGCUCAGCGACACGGAGGAAACCUCGUAGCAGUAUAUUUACGAUUGCGGAAGAUGGAGAAGCACAGGAAUCUCAGCAGAUUCAGACCGAAGGACUCGUCACACCCAGACUACUGGAUGAUUCGCCACUCUUCGUCCAGCAAGACAGCUUCGGCAAGGAGAACAGUGCGCCAGGCAAUGCGAGUCCUGCAAAGGCACAGGACACGAACGACACGAGAAGUACCCGCAGAAGGACAAGGUCGUCUCUACUACUGGAAGAGGAAGCGCAUAUUGCACGUAUUGCGGCCGAUGGAGAUGGCGGAGAUAGUGCUAGCAUUGACCGUGCUGAGCAAGCCGUGCGAAGUAUUGAGGCUCCUGAAGGCGCCGCCCUUGUCGAGCAUGCUGAGAAUGACGCCGGUCCUAAGGCUGCCAAACAAGGAGACAGCGGGUUCGGCGGGCCCGCAGAGACCAACCUCGAUUUGGAAGAAAUCUUGGAUGCCAGUACUGGACAGGAACGUUCAAGGAAGCUUAGCAACGCAAGAAAGUCAACCCAAGGGUCAUUUCGAGAAGUCUCAGAAGACGCCAUCAAUGAUUUUGUGCUCCACCCGAAAAAGACCAGACGGAAACGAAAGUCUGUCAAUCUGGGUCGCAAGAAGAGGCGCUCGUCAACCAGCGAGCGUGCCAAUACACGAGAGCGAAGCCUUGCUACUGAUGUGCCGUCAAGAACUCCGUCAUCUGUCCUGCAAUCAGCACCAACGACGUCUGUGGAGCCUGAGGUGGUCGGCAAGCAUCGCCAAAAGAGACUGAGUCUGGCUAGCGGAGAAGCGACUCCAGCUUCGUACCGUAAGCGAUCGCCUCUGGAAACUGAAGAGGAGGAAGAUCAGACUUACGCCCCAGAAAGUUCACCGGAGCCCGAAACGCCUGCCAUUCCAAAGAGAAGCCGCAGAAACGAGAGGCGCCAAAGUGCUCAGGCUGGAGAUGAUAGAGCUUCUCAAAACAAGAAAGCAAAGGCCACGUUCCCCAUUCUGACCCAUAGACUGACCAACGUCGCGAGGUUACCUACAAUUCAUGAAGAAGAGGUCGAAGAACAGUCCGACGACGAACGAGACAGUGCUGUAACCCUAGGAACUGACCGCGGCCGGCCAAAUGCAGUGGAUGUCUUGGCCCAAAUCUGUCGAGAAACAAUAGCGAAUAUGAUCGAACGCAUAACUGCCACAGACCAGCCUUCGGGACGUGCAGCACUGAAGAACAAGCGAAGUGCUCUGGAAGCAUUUGGGCAUGACCUGGAUGACGAGCUGUUUGAAAUGUCCGAGGCCGUGGAAAACCGAAUCGACCUAGAAGCAAGAGUGCGAAAGAGCAAAAGAGAAAAGGCAGCGUUGCAGGCUGAAUGGAUUGAAAUUCGGAAAGAGCGGGAGAGGAUUGCUCUGAGAUGCGACGCCGUACGCAGAAACAAUUGGGAGAACGAGGCGGAGGCCAGGCAGAAAUGGCAACUAAGCGAGGCUGCCAGGCGCGCAGAACUCGAGUGGGACCAAGCAGGGCCCGUGGAACACGAGGGGACAGAAUAUCUGCUUCGCGGCGUCACGGACGAGCUCAGCAGUGCUUCUGCUCAUGGCGGACUUUUGGAAAAGAUCAAGUCUUUCAAUGCGCAUUUAGAAAGUAUGGCGCUAUGUCUGUAAGAGAGAAAUGCUUGGUAGGAUUGGCGUCCUUUGCGUCUGUUGCGCUCUGGGCGAUGUUGGCGAUGGGAUAUUUGGACAGUGUACGCUAUGAUGUGACGACUGUAAUGACAAAGAACACUUCAGGGAGUCUGGCAGAGGAGAAGCGUUGACCCUGCUU